AUGGAAGUCGUAGCUCCCAAUAUCAUACUCGUCUCGGCGAACAUCACUUCCAAUCAUCCAAGAGACUUCCAGAUCCACUCGGUUCAAUUUCAAACCCUCAAGCACGGUCGAUUCAUUCUAACUGUCCCUACACCUGAUGAAGCUGGCACAGUUGAUAUUACAUUCCACUCUGCGUUCAAUGAAAAAGACAUUGGUAAACUAUCACUGAAGUGUCGGCCAAGCAAAUCUCUGAAAACACGAGGAUGGAAGAGAAUCAAAGUCAAUGAAGGGAGUUUCUCCGCUUACCGACUAUAUCGACACAGCAAUGAUUCCAUUGGCGACUCCUUGAUAAUACUGGAGAAGCCAGAUACUGCUAAUUUCUUAUCUCGUAUCCCCGACAAUACACACUUAGGGGACAUCACUUUGCCUGGUACUCAUGAAUCGUGUGCUUUAUAUGGAUUUCCAAUAUCGCAAUGUCAGCAACCUAGUACGCCUAUCGAACAGCAGUUAUUUGAUGGAGUGAGAUUCUUGGACGUUAGACUGAGAGUAGUUGAUGAUGAGCUACUGAUGUAUCACGGACCUCGACCUCAACGAUCCAGUCUCACUCUCCUUCUGAGAGUUUUACAUGAUUUCCUCGGAUCGCAUCCAAGCGAAACAAUCAUAUUAUCUAUCAAAGAAGAAACUCCACCUUGGCAUCCUCAUUUCUCCCAGAUUCUCUAUAAAGCUUUUGAGCCAUUCCUAGAUAGAUGGUUUCUUGAAGAACGUAUACCGACAUUAGGGGAAGUCAGAGGGAAAGGGAUGUUGUUAACUAGAUUCGACAAGGAUAAAGAUGGGAAUGGAUUAUGGGAGAAAGGAAUGGGUAUACAUCCUUCUACUUGGCCAGAUUCGAGGAAAGAUGGCUUUGAAUGGGAAUGUAAUGGUACUACAGUAAGAACACAGGAUUGGUAUCGGGUACAUACUUUUCUUGAGAUACCAGAGAAAUUAGAUGCGAUAACAUCGCAUCUUUUACCUACCCUUCGUCCUCCUGUACUUUCAACAUUCACUCUUUCGUACUUGUCAGCUUCUUUUUUCCCUUUAUCUUUUCCCACAGUAAUAGCGAAAGGAUUCGGUUUCCCUGCCUGGGGUUUAGGGGUGGAAGGCAUAAACUCAAGAAUGUGUGAAUGGAUAUUGGAACGUGUAGUAAAUCGAGAGAAAGUGAGAGCUUGCUUGGCUAUUGACUUCUACAGACAAUGUGCAGGAGAUGCCGGGUUAGCAGAACUACUGGUCCAAAUGAAUUUUAUAGAUCACGAGCAAUAUACAUGA